AUGCCUGUAACUACUCGUGCUGCAGCAUUAAGGUCGCAAACUAGUAGAGAUAUAACACCUUCACUGGAUCAAACAACAUCAACUUCAGCAUCGACUACGAAAACAACUCGUAAAUGUCCAUCAAAACAUAAAGAAGUUAAAGUACAAUCAAGCAUGGCUUGUGAUCAAUUUGAAGUCUCUUCUAUACCACGACAACAAUCAACAAUUUUCGAUACUGAAGCUACAUCUGAAGUUAUUAAACAAUUUGAUCACGAAGAUAAUAAAUUGGAAAGGGAAUUGGAUACGAAUCUUGAAAACUUGGUUGCUAAUGAACCCUGUAUUUCACCAUCAUCAAACAAAAAUUGUGAAUCGACAUUUUCAUCGCCAACAUCGGCUGAAUCAACAUCAACACCUGUUUCGCAUUCCACAACAGCAUCAAUAAAAGAAAUUGAAGAUGAUCAUUCUACCAUAUCAUUAGAAACGUCAAACAACGAUGAAAAUUUUAUUUCUCUUGGUGAUUCAAAUGCUCUUGUCAACGUGCCGAUAAUCAAGGGAGAUAUAACAACUGGUACAUCAACUCGUGGGGGUAAAAUGGUGUUUAUGAAUGGGUUUGGCUACUUGUAUAUGAGUACGGCCAAGCAAAGUAUUGGUUGGCGAUGUGCACGAAGAGAUAUGAAUUGUAAAGCCGUUAUUCAUACUUCAAGAGUAACAGGUGAAUUUGAUCAUUGGAAUGGAACGUUUCACUGCCACGAAUCUGAUUCAUACGAGAUAAGAAAACGUAAUAUUUUAGUCAAAAUAAAAAAUCGUGUUCUUGAUGAAUAUAUUCCAAUUAAAAUUAUUGUUGAAGAAGAAUACAGAAAGGGCAAUUUAUCAGUGGAAGAAAAAAGAGCAAUGCCUCUUCCUGCUCACAUUGAAUCUGGUCUACAUAAACUACGAAGAAAAACAGUUCCACCAUUACCACAGGAUCAGAAGUUUGUUGUGCCGCCAGCUUAUCAACACACCUAUUCAAACGGGAAUUUUUUGAUAUAUGACAAACGGAAAAAUGCUUAUGGAGGUCGCUUGAUGAUAUUUGCAUCGGAUGAACAAUUAAAUGUGUUGUAUAGUUCAGAUAUUUUAUUUGCAGAUGGUACCUUUAAAGUCUCUCCAAAGCUGUUCGAACAGUUGUACGUAAUUCACGGAAUGCAGAAUGGAGAAGCCGUACCUGUCUGCUUCGUUUUAACAUCAAAUAGACGCCAAGAAACUUAUGAAUCAAUUUUUCGUUCUUUGAAAAAGUUAUCUUAUAAAAAAGGGGUUGAUUUGAAACCAACAACAAUUGUUUGUGACUUCGAAAGGGCCUUCAUGAAUGCUGUAGCAAAAGAAUUACCAAACACAAUUGUGACGGGGUGUUGGUUCCAUUUUUGUCAAUCGUGUUAUCGUAACAUACAAAGAAUAGGAUUAAUGAGCCUUUAUGAAAACGAUCCAGAAUCAAGACAUUUACUACGUUCUUUUAUGGCAUUAGCUCUUCUGCCUAUUGAUAUUAUUCCUAAUGGGUAUGAACUGUUGAAAAAAAAAGUACACGUAUCGCCCCAAGCCGAACAAUUAAAGAUAUUUGCUGUAUAUUUCGAAAGUGAAUGGUUGAAUAGUUUUAAACCUUCAACAUGGUCCGUUAGUAACAGCACUUGGAGAACAAAUAAUUUUGCUGAGGCGCAAAAUCGACGCUUCUUUACACGAGUUGCUCAACCGCAUCCAAAUUUAUGGAGAUUCAUCCAGUGUUUAAAACAAGAGGAGAGCGUCAUAUCGCAUAGAAUGAUACAAACAGGUCUUGGUUUUUCAUCUACUAAACCAAAAAAGUCUACUUAUGCUGCAGCACGCAAAACUAAACAAAUACAGAAACUGUUAAAUUUAUUACAUUCAAAACAAAGAUCUUUAAUUGAAAUAACAAUGUCACUUGCCUAUCUUGUUGGUGAACCGGCUUGUCGAGGAAAAAAAGGAAAGAAAAAGAAACAUAAUGUAUCAAAUUCGAAUUCAUCUCAUUCAUCAUCAUGUGAUUCACCAGCUCGUGAAUAA